AGAUUUUACAUGUCAGAUAGGAAGAGGUACGAGACGCGGGGGCCCAGCACUCACAGCCCGGGGGUAACGGAGAGAUGGAGAUCCGAUCUACAGAAGAAGAAGAGGGCUGAUUGACUCCUACUGACUCUUUUCUUUCUAACUUAAUCCUUAAGAGCCUCGUCUGCAGAUGCAACCUGUCAUCCCAUCCGUCCCAGUGAUCCUUUUUUUUGUUGCAGUGUUUCCUCCAAAGGGGCUACGAGCAGAGGGGACUACAAUGACAACCUGGUGAAUGCAGACGAGAUGGAGUAAAACAUCGAGCACGGCGCAGGAUGCGCAUCCCCAGUCCAACAAGGAAGAAGGUAAAGCAACCUGGCUGUUUUUCUGGUUUCGCAUGUGAGAGAUUUUCCGCGCUGCUGUGGAUUGAUCGUUUCCUUCAUCACCCUCCUGCUGCCGGUGUCGGUGUAUAAUGGAGAGCUCCAAUGGCUCUGGCAGCGACACCAAACCGCAGAACCACCAGUUGGAGAAGAAGAGACUGAACCGAGCGCCCUCCCCGGCCAGACCUUUCCUCAAGGAUGUGCACUCUCGCUCCACCAAACCACCUGCCAUCGUACCAAAAUCACCCAAACUCAGCAAGCAGCCGCAGUCUGCCUCAGUGCCCUUGGUCCAUUCGAACCGCAGCUCCAGACGCAAUACAACCGGGUCGAAAGAGAAAACAGCCACGGCAAAAAGUAACACCAAGUCUUCUCUCGCAAAAAAGCCAGUAAAGCAGCAUGCAGCGGCCGAGCCCAAACCCGCCGGCAUCAAAGUGGACAGCACCAGCAGUCCGAUCCUCGCCAAAGGCAAAAAGGGGAAACUAGCCUCGGGCUCCCCAGGCCCUCUCAGCCAUGGAUCCCCGAUCCGGGUACCGACCGCAGCGCCUCUGGGCCGGGUCAGCCAGACUGACAGCAGCUCAGACCUGUCAGACUGUCCGUCUGAGCCGCUGUCUGACGAGCAAAGGCUGGCACCGGCCGCUAGUAGCGACGCCGAGUCCGGUACCGGCUCCAGUGACCGGGAUCAGGUGGGAGGCGAUAAUCCGCUGCGGACUGAAGCGACCGGAACGGCUGCUGUCGCUCCAUUGCGCACAAACGAGGCUUCCGCCGCGAAGGGAAGCAUGUCUCAGGCUCAGCCCGCUCAGGGGGCGCACGGAGAGAAACGCAAGCAGGAGAAACCCUCGUCAAGCUCACAAUUCAGACUGCCAGGCACCAAGAAUGUAACUGAGGAGGUCCUCCUGCGGGAGGUGGAAGAUUUGAGGUCUGAAAACGACUACCUCAAGGAUGAAGUGGACGAGCUGCGGGCGGAGAUGGAGGAGGUGCGAGAUAGCUACCUGGAGGAGGAGGUCUACCAGCUGCAAGAGCUGAGGAGAGACCUGGACCGCUCAAACAAGAACUGCCGCAUCCUUCAAUACCGCCUGCGGAAGGCAGAGCAGAAGAGCCUGCGGGUUGCACAGACCGGCCACGUGGACGGAGAGCUUCUCCGUAGUCUGGAGCAGGACUUGAAGGUGGCUAAAGAUGUGUCGGUACGUUUGCACAACGAGUUGGAGAGCGUGGAGGACAAACGCAGCAGAGCUGACGAUGAGAACGAGCUUCUCAGACAGAAGAUCAUCGAGGUGGAGAUUUCCAAACAGGCGCUGCAAAACGAACUGGAGAGGACCAAAGAGACUGUACUGAGAAGACGAGGUAGCAGGGAAACAUUUAAAGACAAGAAGUCCACAAAUCAGGAUGACAGUGCAGACCUCAGGUGCCAGCUUCAGUUUGCUAAGGAAGAGUCCAGCCUGAUGAGAAAAAAGAUGGCAAAGCUUGGCCGGGAGAAGGACGAACUGGAGCAAGAGCUGCAGAAGUACAAGUCAGUUUACGGGGACGUGGACAGUCCCCUUCCGCUGGCUGAGUGCUCUGGUGGUGGUCCUCACACCACUCGAGAGGCUGAGCUACGAUUACGGCUCAAGCUGGUGGAGGAGGAGGCCAACAUCCUGGGCAGAAAGAUUGUAGAGCUGGAAGUGGAGAACCGCAGCCUACGGGCAGAAAACGAAGACAUUCGCUGUCAGUAUGAAAGAGACUGCUUUGGGAGAGAACCCUUCUCCAGCAUGCCCUCGUCACCAUACGGUGGUGAUGCGCUGGAUUCGGCAAGUGAGCUUCGUCGCCAUCUACAAUUUGUGGAGGAGGAGGCUGAGCUGCUGCGCCGCUCCAUCUCAGAGAUUGAGGACCACAACAGGCAGCUGACAUCUGAACUCAAUCGCUUCAAGUUUGGCCCCUGCAGCAGCUCUGUUGGCGAGGAGGGUAGUGAGGGAGGAUUAUUUAAAACUGGGAAUGGGGGAAAUGGUAAUGGCUCCAGCAGCGGGGUGAUGAUGGACGAGCUUAAAUCAGCCAGGAUGCAGAUCAAUGAGCUGAGUGGAAAGGUGAUGAAGCUGCAAUACGAGAACCGAGUCCUCAUGUCCAACGUCCAGCGCUGUGACCUGGCUGCACACCUGGGACUCCGCAACAGCAGCCCUCGAGACAGCGACGCAGAGAGUGAUGCAGGCCGACGAGAAGCUGCUGAAGAAGAAGAGGCAGGGCGACUUCUUCUCCUCCACCCCAAGAGGGAGGGCCCUAUUGGUGGCGAGAGUGACUCUGAAGACCUGUUUGAGAAAACGGCAACCACCUCAGGGUUGGGAAGCAUCAAACCCUCGGAGGGCAGUGAGCUCAGCGCCACUGAAAUGGCCAACCGCAGGAGGGAAGAACGGGAGUCAUUCACAAACGUGAAACGCGAGGCGGAAAGGCUAGGGAAGACAGUGGACCGUCUGAUCACGGACACCGACAGUUUGAUCUUUGACGGCAGGCUACUGGUGACAACAGGAGAGAGCCUGGAAGGAGAUGCAGCGUCUGGAUCCAAACCAGACACCCAGGUCCUAGACACCAUCAACACUCGCAUGAAGGCUUUCAGCACGGAGCUACACAUCUUCAUGGAAAAGCUGGACCAUGUAGGGGAGGGGCUGAGAGAAAGGACAGACGAUCUGUCACCUAUGCCAAAUCUCACAGAGUCAAGCAGCUUCCUGUCAACAGUCACAUCCAUGUCCCGGGACUCUCCCAUUGGCACCUUUGGAAGAGACCUGGUAACGGACUUCCAGUCCGGUCAGAGGGAUGAGCUGGAGUGGCGUCUAGGACAGGAGCGUGGCGUGGAGCCCCAGAGCCAGAGCCAGGGUGGGGGCCAGGCCCAGAGCAGGGGAGCCAUGGGACUCACUAGGUACCACAGGCCCCUGGCUUUAAGAGCAGAGCUCCGGGACACCCCUGCUUCUGACAUCCAGUUUCGUCUGGAUCAUGAACGAAGGCUGAGAGCUGCGACUGAGGAACGGGAGGCUUUCGUUUCUCUUCCUCAGCAGGAAGAUGAGCGUCUGCGUUUGGAUGCCAUGCGGGGAGGUCUGGAGCUGCAGGGACUUCAGACUCAUGAGGUGCCCUGGCCUCAGGAGAGAGCCACGCUGCAACAAGAGGUCCGCCUCUUUCGACGCAACACCAUCUUCUUCUACAUGAAGCUCAGGUGGAUCCUCAUGCACUGGAGGCUUGGUCGCAAAGACGACCCUGGAGAGGAGAGAGUACACCCAGAGUUUGAGAAGUUGGAGGGAAUCCCAGAGUUGGGAGUGAUAAUGGAGCAGGCGGAGGGGGAGUCGGAUCAAGACGACAAACUGUGUUUACCACAAACCCCGGGGGACGUCCCCGACCCGGGGCCCAUCAUCCCCCUGAUGUCACCUGAUCGACACCUGCGGCAUCAAAGACAGUUUGGGGAGAACCGGCAAGUGCUGCAGGCCCUGCGGACGCUGCUGGAAGAGUUUCGAGACGAGCUGCGGGAGGAGGAGAUGCGGCGAUGCCAACUGCAGCAGUCCUACGCCAAUGACAAAGCCGCCUGGGAGGUCAAGUGGGCAGAGAUGAAGUGCCAGUUUGCACAGUUGGAGGAGAAGGCUCAAGGCGAGGUGCGAGGUGAAUCAGAGAGAGGUGAUGAAGGGGAACCUGCCAAAGACCCCGAGUGGGCCAUAAAACUGGAACGUGAGGAGCACCGGCGUCUGCUGGCCGACAGCCACAGCACCUCCCUAGACCUGCGCUGGAAACUGCAGCAUGGAGAAAAGAGGUGGAGCCGCGAGAGGGGCGACCUGCUGGAGCGCUUUGACCAAGAGCGGAAGGAGUGGGACUGCAACAUGAGGGAGCUCCAGCGCAAGAUGGAAAGGAUGCAGAGAGAGAUGAACAGCCGGCGAGGUGAAGGCAUUGACAUCAAAGAUGGUGGCUCGGACCACAGAGGUGUUUUCUCUCCUCAAGAUAGUCCCUGCAAGGCCCCCCGGUCGCCACGCUCCCCCUGUACGUCCACCCCUAUCCCUGCACCCCCCAUGCGCUCCCACUCUGAUUCUGAUGCAAUGCUGGAGGAGCAUGGGGCUUCACUGAGGCUGAAAGGCCCAACGGAGAACCUGUUCCUGGACGCACUGUCCCUGGACCCCUUCGGCAGCCUGGAGGUCCCUCCACCCUCCAGACUGGAGGGGGAGAAGAGGUUCCCCUGCAUGAAGGAGGCCCUGAAUGAGAUUUCGGAGAGAGAACUUGAUCCUUCGACCCCAGAGGACGAGAUGGGUGGUGGAAGUUUGUUCAGAGCUAAGUCUGUGUGCUCCAUGAGCGACUUCCAGCGGUUAAUGGACAGCUCGCCGUUCCUCCCUGACAAGACUCGCCAUGGUGAUCUGGGCCAAGAUGACGUCACCCCGCCUUUGUCCCCAGAUGACCUCAAGUACAUUGAGGAGUUCAAUAAUAAGGGCUGGGACUUCCCUUCAUCUGCCUCUGGCCUGGAUCCUGCUCGGAACAUGUGGACAGAAAAAACCCCCGAGGCCCGGGGUGGGGAGCUCGUUCUUGAACCAUUCCAGCCAGCGUCCUGGUUCCUCACCACCAGUGCCACCCUGACCACCAGCACCCUGAGCAGCCCUGAGCACUGCCACAAGUCCCCGCUGAGGGGCAAUGGAGCAGGGGAGGCAGGGGUGGGAGUGGAGCACUUUGGUCAUCACAUGCUGCACAGCCCCACCAGAUCUGGGACAGCUGAGUGCCCUAUUUCCCAAGACCCAGACUUUCUGUAUGCCAAAGGGACCAAAGCCAGGGGCGGAGGAGAAGCUGGAUUGGGAGCAAGCGGGUCAGAUGAGGUGUUCAGCAGUGGGAGGUGGGCAUGUGGAAUCCUGGAGGGUGGGGGGUUGAGGACUUCUCCUAGCCAAUCUCCUAUCUGCCCCACUGUGGGCUACACUUCCUCUCUGGAGCUUCAGCUCUCCAGAAACAUGAGUGACGACAUGAAGGAGGUGGCCAUCUCUGUGAGGAACGCCAUCCGUUCACCGCCAGGGCCCAUUAUCCGAGACACCGCCUGCCAGACCAACGGAUUCACCACGCGAGGCACUCAGACCACCCAGACCAGCAGUGUGGGUCUACAAACGGACCUGUUAAGGAACCUGACCAGCAGCCCCCACCGCUGCCUCACCCCGAAAGGUGGAGGCACGCCUAUUUCUUCCCCGUCACGAAGCCUGAGGAAGGUUCAGUACUCUCCUGUCAUCCAAAGUAAGUUUGAGCGACCCUGCUGCUCGCCAAAGUAUGGCUCACCCAAGCUUCAGCGCAAACUGUCCACAUCCAACAAGGCUGAGCUACCCACUUCAAACCGCGCUCCCACCCCCACCACACCGCAGAAAGGCAACAGCGAGUCAGCGUGGGCCCGCUCCACCACCACUCGCGACAGCCCUGUCCAUACCACCAUCAACGACGGCCUGUCAAGCCUCUUCAACAUCAUUGACCACACCCCCGUGGCCUACGACUCCAUGCAGAAGUUCAACAAGUCCCCCAGUCGCUCUCGCCCUACCCCUCCCUCCACAACCGAGCCCAGCCCUGCUCACGGGGCUCUCGCCUCAGACCCCAGGACCGAGUGCUUGCGGAUUGCUCGUGGGCGCUCCCCCAGCCCCGUGCAGCUGAUAGUGGAGACGCAGGGGGACAGAAACCCAGAGGUGGUGAGCAUACGACAGGACCUGUCGGCCCCGCCGGGCUAUACGCUGGCUGAAAACACAGCCCGCAUCCUAAAUAAGAAGCUGCAGGAGCAGAGCUUUAGAGAGGAGAGGAGGCUGCAGGCUGGAGGACAGAGCAGCCACAGCAGAGACAGCAGCAGGCAGGCCGACUCAGACAGAGGACAGUCUGGAUGCAUGGAGGACCUGCCUCGCUCUCCGGUGGCUCCACCCCUGGACUCCUGCUUCCUGAGACCGGCCCGCCCGGCCAACCGCCGACCCCCCUCGCGCUGGGCCGCCCGCUCCCCCUCCUCCUCCCCCAAGUGGAACGAGGGCUCAAAGAGGAGGUUCACCUUCCCGCCGCUGGGACUCCGGAAGACCCUUCUGGAGGGCGAGGAGCCAGCGUGAGUCUGCCUCUACCUCCUGUCACACUCCUCCACCUCAGCCUAAAAGACCCAGUACCUCAGAACCCCUCCCCCUUCCUCCCAAACCUAGAGACUCCCAGUGCCGGAGCCUGAAGGGGGGUGUGAUCCACCCAGUAUCACCAGCUGACCAUCGAGGAACCAGAACCUUUUUUAAAAGAACCUGGAUGUACUGUAAUAUAAUCAAAGGGAGAUUUUAAAACUACAUUUCCAAAAGAGGUGCCUGCACACACUUGAGUUACUCAUCACCCUACAUGUCACAUAUGUAUUUAAUAUAUAUACAUAUUUAGCCACAAUUCUGAACUUUUUUCAGGUGAAAACUGUAGGUCAGCUGUUGCAUUGGUAUUAAGUAUACGUUUAUACCAUUUCUUCUCAUCUGUUUACACUUUAAUUUUUUUAUGCUGUCCUGCAUCAAUUCAUGUUCAAACUAUUUUUUUAAUAAGAGCGAACCUUCUGUUUUUUGUUGCCAGCCUUUGAAGCCUGACUUUUCAGUUUAGUUUCAAGGAGAGGAAGGACAACACAAGCAAACAAACAAACAAACAAAACGAACUACUUCUGCUUCAUCGGGUCUGAAGCAGAGACACAUGAUGUCAUUUCUGAUGCUAAUGUAUUUAUUUUUAGGUGGGGAUGAAGGUUUGGCUCCGUAAACGUGUAGAAGAAGGGUGACAACAAACUCAAUAACCUUAUGCAUAUUUAGAAGGCAGUUGUACAAAUAUCAGUCAAAUAUUCGCAUGCCUUUUGAACACUAGCACUUUAGUGCAUGUACAGUACAUACGAGCUCUAGUCGUUCGUGAUCACUCGGCUACGCUGUGGAGGGAAAAGAAAACAAUGUUGUGAUGGAAACUCUUGAGCUGUUGUUUUUGUUGUCUCAUGAUUUGCAUUGACUUAAAUAA